AAUUCCGUCCGGCACAACCUCUCCUUGAACAAGUGUUUCAUCAAGGUGCCUCGGGAGAAGGGCGAGCCAGGGAAAGGUGGGUUUUGGAAGCUGGACCCCCAACAUGCUGAGCGGCUCAAGAACGGUGCCUUCAAAAAGCGGAGGAUGUCCUCGCAAAUCCACCCGGCCUUCACCAAACGAGUCCGGCAAGCAGCCCAUGGCGUUGCCGGCCCAGCCUCUUCAGUCUGCACCAGCGAGAACGUCCUCAGCAUCGACAGAGAGUCACAGAAGUUGCUGAAAGAGUUUGAAGAAAUGACCGGCGAGCACAAGUGGGGUCCAGCAGGUGGCAAAGCAGGGCAAAAACACAAGCUGCCCUUGCCCAAGCAAAUGGCCAAGGCUUCCCGGCUUGCCAACGCGGCCUUGCUGACCCAGGACCAGGCCUUGCUGACCUGGAACCAAGCCUUGCCAACCCAGGAGGAAGACGAUGACCUGAUGUUGCUGAAAGGGGACUUUGACUGGGAAUCCAUCCUCAACACCAACCUGGAUGUCGACUUCUCUGUUUUUGAGGAUCUGAAGUUCACGCCUCCAAGCAGCCCUGUACCAUGCAACGCAGACUUGUCACUACACGGGCAGCAGGUCGAUGCUCUCCAGGGGCAGGAGCAGGGGCAGGUCCUCACUGAGUCCAAGCAGAACAACCUGGACGGUGAGGAAACCUUCAAGGCCACUUCCUUCCUGGAGGACCACUGCGAUGAAGGGACAAACCUCGACGCCCUCAACGUGGACCAGUUGUUAAACAUCUGUUUGCCAGGGGAUUUGAAUGACUGGACCAGUGUGACAGCCCUCUUCUAA